AUGCUUCGCAAUACUUUGGUAUCAAGGAGGACACUAGGCCGUUUUCCAGCCUAUGUGAAAAGGUGGCAAUCAUCCACGCCGAAUAAAACCUCCGAUUCUGAAGAUAGACCUGAAACCAUCACAAUUGUUCCCAAGGUCGAAGAUUUGUAUCUGGAAAGUGCUUAUAAAAGUGACCUUGACAUAUCCUUGAUUGGCCAUUUACAGUCACGAUACUUGGUUGAGUCUAUCACCGAUGAUGAGUUAUUUAAAUUGACUGAGCCUUCUGCAAACAAAAAGCUCAAAUUAUAUUGUGGGGCAGAUCCCACUGCAAAAUCUUUGCAUUUAGGUAAUCUCCUUCCUUUGAUGGUGCUUCUUCAUUUCAAAUUGAGAGGCCAUGAUGUAGUUGGGCUUAUUGGAGGAGCCACUGGGGCUGUUGGAGACCCUAGUGGAAGAACUUCUGAACGAACUCAAAUUGAAAAUUCAGAAAGAGACAAUAAUAUUAAGGCAAUUCUGGGACAAAUUACCAAUUUUAUCGAAAAAGGUGUUGAGUAUGCAAACUCCAGGAAGUAUCCUAUUAACAAAGAAGGGGACCACUCUUUUGAAAAUAAUGCUAGUUGGUGGUCCUCCAUUAAGAUGCUUGACUUUUUGGCUACUUACGGUAGAUUCAUCAGAGUAUCUUCGAUGUUGGGUCGAGAUUCAAUUCAAAGUCGACUCAACUCGGAAGCCGGUUUGGGAUUUAACGAAUUCACCUAUCAAAUUUUACAAGCUUAUGAUUUUUGGCAUUUAUACAAAAACAAAGGAGUUAAUUUGCAAGUUGGUGGUAAUGACCAAUGGGGGAAUAUUGUAGCUGGUGUUGACUUGAUAUCCAGAUUACAAAAGCAUGAUCAGAGUGACAAGGAAAAAAAGACUGGAGGAUAUGGUAUGACUGUUCCGUUGUUAACCACUCCUAGUGGUGAAAAAUUUGGUAAAUCUGCUGGAAAUGCAGUUUUCAUUAGCGAUAAGCUUACAAAGCCUUUCCAAUUAUACCAAUAUUUUAUUAAUACCCCAGAUGAAAUAGUCGAAAAGUUAUUAAAAGUAUUUACCCUCUUACCAAUGAGUGUAAUUGAACAAAAGGUGCUUGUCCAACAUAAGUCGGAUCCAGGAUUGAGAAUAGCACAAAGAGUGUUAGCCCGUGAAGUGGUUGAUUUGAUUCACGGUGUAGGUGUUGGUGAAGAAAUGGCUUAUAUUACUAGCUUUUUAUUUCCGACCCCUAAUCAACCAUUUGAUGAUGAAAUCUCAGCUGAUAAGUUGAUAGAGAAAUUCAGUAGAUCUGGUAUUAUGGUUGAUAUUAAUUUGAAUCAAUUUCCUAAUGCCAAUGAUCUCAAGAUGAGUACCUUACUUUCUGCUAUUUUCAAAAAGUCCAAAUCUGAAACUAAGAACCUUAUUAAAGCUGGUGGUGUAUACUUGGGUCUUGACCGAGAUCAAUUCAUUGAUCCUGAAGAUGUUGUCUUAUUUGAUAAGGAGAAUCAUUUGAUUGAUGGCAAACUUUUACUUGCUAGAACUGGUAAACAAAAUUACUACAUCGUUAGGGUUCAUUAA